GUCAGCUGACUCUGUUGAGCUCCAGGCUUACUUAUAAAAAAAACAAGAUGAAGACGUUAUGUGUGUUGCUCCUUUUCUGUCACGUUGCAUCUACAGUAAAACACUCCCUGAAAUAUUUCCUCACUGCAUCUUCUGGAGUCCCAAACUUUCCAGAGUUUGUGGGUGCUGCCAUGGUUGAUGACGUUCAGGUGGGUUACUGUGACAGCAACAUCAAGACAGCAGAACCCAAACAGGACUGGAUGAGAAAAAUAAUAAAGGCUGACCCACAACACUUGGAGUGGUACACUCUGAAGUGUUUUGGUAGUCAGCAGGUCUUCAGAGCCAACCUUGACAACUUGAAGCAACGCUUGAACCAAACUGGAGGUGCUCACAUUUUACAGAGGAUGAAUGGCUGUGAGUGGGAUGAUGAGACCGGAGAGGUCAUUGGAUUUAAUCAAUACGGUUAUGAUGGAGAAGACUUCAUAUCAUUGGACCUGCAAACGCUGACAUGGACUGCUCCAAAACAACAGGCGUUCAUCACCAAACUUAGAUGGGAUGCUGAGAAAGCUAGAAUACAAUACAAUAAAGACUACUAUACCCACAAAUGUCCUGACUUGCUGAAGAAGUAUGUGCAAUAUGGGAGAAGCUUUCUGCAGAGAAGAGACCUUCCCUCAGUGUCUCUCCUCCAGAAGUCUCCCUCCUCUCCAGUCAGCUGCCACGCUACAGGUUUCUACCCUGACAGAGCCAUGAUGUUCUGGAGGAAGGAUGGAGAGGAGCUUCAUGAGGACGUGUACCACGGAGAGAUCCUCCACAACCACGAUGGAACCUUCCAGAUUACUGUUGAACUGGACGUUUCAUCAGUCCCACCUGAAGACUGGAGGAGGUACGACUGUGUGUUUCAUCACUCUGGCAUGAAGGACGACAUUGUCACCAAACUGGACAAAGCAGUGAUCAGGACCAACCAGGUUUGUUCCUAUGGGUUCCCUGUUGGUGGUGUUAUUGGAAUUGUUGUAGUACUUCUGCUGCUGGCACUGUGCAUCACUGGACUCUUCAUCUGGAGAAGAAACUAUCAUGGGUUCCAGCCUGCUAACAUGGGGCAGUGACGUUUAGAAGAGGCUGCUGACCUCCACUUAGUGAUGAGUCAACAAAAUCACAACAAGUUCCUAGACGGGAUUGUUUCUUAGAAAAAAACAUCUACAAAGACUGACUGAUGCAGGACCAAGUGGCAACCUCGGAGGCUGAAAAAUGCAACCAGUGUGGAAGAGCCAAAAACUGUAGUUCAACUAGUGGCCACUUGAGGCUGGCUCCAAAACAGUCGAUCCCCAUAGAUCCACAUGUUUAAAUGCCCAGCAGCAUAAAUAAUAUAUGUGUGACCCACUGCCGGGAGAUUUAAAGAGCAGCUGGUAGGAGUUAGCAGAUAACUCAAAGAAGAAGAGCAACAGUCGAAAAUAUCUGCAAAUUGGGAAAACAAUGAGGCCCGGGAGCUCCUUACCCGCCGAGCAGAGGAUGAGAUCAGCUGCCAUAUAACAUUGUUAUUUCCAUGUUAUGUCAUUGUUAUUUUUUAUAAAACUCUGCCAAUGCUUAUGUUUUAUGCUGCAGUAGAGGCCUACACUGUUGUGUUACAUGUCACACCUGCCAUGCCUCUUUUGCUUCCAUGAUGCCAGCCUGCCAUCUAAAAUCACUCAUGGAGCAGCAUGAUGCUGCGGUUGUAAAAAUGCAAUGGCGUCACAAACAAGGGACUUCAUUGAGGUUCUAUAGCACAAGCUCUGUGUAAAAAAGGCUUAUGAGUGAAAUGCACUCUUCACUCCUCCACAGCUUCAACCUCUAAUCCAACUAUGGUCACAAAACAAAAACAAGCUGGCAACAGCUGAAAUCCGAAAUUUGAGGCUUCAAAACGGUAGUCCACAAACCAAUGGGUGACUUCACUGUAGCUGCUUCUAUUAUUUCACACAGUCUAUGCACAGGACUGACAGAGCUGGAGGUUGCGUCUGAUGGCUUUACGACUCACCAAAUAGGAUCACUCACACACACACACACACACACACACACACAAACACACACACACACACAGCUUGCGUGAGAGUUAAAACUAAUCAUCACUGGCCACCAAACCCUCUCAGUGGGUCUUCACUGUGAGUAAAUCGGACAGCUCCAGGAACAGCACACCGGACAGCAUUCAUGAGUCCACCAUGUUGAAACACCACAGCUGUCUUUAAGCAGAGACAGCUGUGACAAAAAUUAUUCUAUAAGCACUUUAAUUGUGUUGGAAGUGGGGAAAGAGGGUAUAGUCUGUUUCUUGUUUUUAUUUAUUUAUUUAUUAUGUGUGUGUUUCAGCGUUUAGUGUGUUUUUUUUUUCUCAUCUGUUCAAGCAGGUUUGUUCUCUUGUAACCAAGGAUGUCAGUUCAAGGCAGCUGUAGUGAGAUGGAGAAAGGCAACCUGUUGUAAAUGUAAAAUGACUUGAUGAUGGAGGAGGAAUAAAAGAGUGAGAGCAAAGUGACAAAUUGUUAGUGAAGCAUAUGGCAUAUUUGUGAAAAAGCCUAAACGCAUUCUAAAGUAAUCAAAUGAUCCAUAGUUUUUGGUGGGGGGCACCAGGGUUAACCGAGGCCGGAGGCAUAAUGUUUUCGGGUUGUCCAUCUAAUUCUCCCGAACACAAUAUCUCAAGAACACCUUGAGAGAAUUUCUUCAAAUUAGCACAAACGUCCACUUUGACUGAAGAAUAACCAGAUCACAAUUUGGCAGUCAAGGAUCAAGCUCACUAUGACCUCACAAAACAUGUUUUUGGCCAUAACUCAAGAAUUCAUAUGCUAAUUAUGACAGAACUUCACACAAAUGUCUAAAAGGAUAAAUAGAAAAACCUCAAUUUGUGGUGUUUUACUGACAUAGUGUGUUUAUUUGGAAAGAGGCUGAAUGCAAACAGUACAUUUCCUGUGGAAACGUGAGUGUAUUUA